GUCAUCCUGCUGUUUCACAUCUCCUUUUUCAUCAGAGAUCUCGCCCUAUCUUGGCUUGCGCUUUCAGUCUCUCCCCACAGUUAUACAAUAUAAACGAACACAGAUACGGACGCGAACACGUUUACCCCACCUACCGACCUUCAGCUUUCUAAUUCCUGCCAUCUUAUUUAUACUUCUUUGGAAAGCUUCUUUAUUUGAAUUUCCUUUUUAUUGCUUCAUCAGCUUUCUUCUGACUAAUGUGUCUUCUUGCAAAGUCAGAUUCUGCUGCCAAGUCGACGAGAGUUUUAUCAAACCAUUGCAGCUUACUUUUAUAUAUUUAACAUUGUAUUUAUUUAUCCCUUUUUGUGUUUGAUUUCCUCUUUUUUAUCGAUAAAAAGGAAGACUCUGCCCGAGCCAUUCUCCAGUUCCCAUUCCCAUUCUGAAAUUCCAUGCGACGGUCAUCUAGACGAUCCGACCGAGGCAGUUCAGGCCGACGCCGUUAUCCACCUGAUGACGAUUAUACGCGCGAUUUGACCCCCGGACGAGAAAAAUCAGUUCACAGACAACUUUUCAAUCCCAACUCUGAUAAUCCUAUAGCAUUUAAUGCGCAAGCCAAAUCCGUACCCGAAGUGGAGCAACGAACGCCCCAUCGUCAACCUACCUCUAUGCUAUCAUCCGCUUCCAACCGACGCUCUUAUCUGAAUAGACAUAAAGAAGGUUCCAUUAUCAAUAACGAAACCAGCAGCCGUGCUGGCCUGCCUUUGCGCUCCAUUUCGGCAAAGUCCUCCCAGAGACCUUGUGACGAUGAUGAUGAUGAGGAUGACGAGGUCGUAUAUGCUAGAAGAGGCCCCAGUAAAGGCAAGUUAUGGCAUGCCAACGAGAGUUCAUCCAAGCACUCGCCACCUAAAAACGAACAACCACCCACGCAUAAAGUGGUGAAGGAAACUAAGUCGCCAGUCUUGUUACCACCCCAGUUUCUCCACCGAAAAGAAACGUCAUCCCAGUCCUCUGAAGAGCCGUCUACCGUGAAAUCACAUGAAUCCCCCACUGCAAUAUCUUCUCACCCGAUAAUGCCAAAGGCGAAAACGGUUCCUAAGCCAGAGAUAGAUCCGCACAAGAAACUUAUCAAAGCCUUACUUUACGAUCUCCAUAUCAUUGAAACAAAAAUCGCAGAGCUGUCGACCGCCUCCAAGACAUUGGUGUUCUUCAACGAAAGAUCUCUUGGCAACGAGGAUCACCCGGCCAACGUACGAAAUCGCGACGGCGGACAGUUCCUAUCGUAUCGUCGUAGCCCUCCUGAACCGGCAGAAUCUUCAGUGGCGGAACAAGCCAUACUCACACCUAAAGAUAUAGAGCUAGCCGAGAAGUACUUUGAAGAAAAGAUUGACUUGCACAUGAAGCUUGCGUACAAAUAUUUGGAUGUAUUGCAGCUCGAUUACAACUUUGCGGAAAAGAAGAGUCUUGAAAGUUUGUGCUGGAAACGUGCCAUUUACUCCCUGGUGGACUUGUUUCGCCAGUCAUUCAAGACUUGCAUGAGUAUGCGUACUGGCGCGGAGAAUGACCUGGCAAAAGAUGAACAUGCCACAGACGAAGAGAUCGCUUACCCAGUCAUCGAUGAAACCGGGAUGACCAUGGUCAAAUUGGACGCGGAACUAACCGAGAGUACGAUCAAAGACCAAGCCAUUGCCAUGUUGAAAGAGUGCUACGUAUCGUUCCUAGACAAAGCAGAUGAGUUUUACCGCGAUCUUAUGGUCAUGCUACGCAACUUGGAUCAAUCGGCGUUUUCAGGUGAUGGUGAAAGCUAUAUGGAGCAUCACGAACACCAACUGCAAGGAUGGCGACGGACCGUCCGAUCAAAAUGGUACAAGUGUGUCCCUAUUCGCGGCGACCUGGCACGGUAUAAAUGGGCAGUCCAUUCGAGUCUGAAAAAGGCACGCAUGUUGGUCGAUGAUGAUUCCCUUUCGACCAAUGACUCGUUCGCUGAAGCUUGGCAGUGGUACCAUCUCACCUCUUGGCUGAUGCCAGGCACCGGGAAACCUUAUUUUCAUUUAUCGCUUCUUUUGAACGAUCCCAUCCAAAGAAACCCAAGUGUGAAGGACGACCUUCACAAACUAUAUUUCAGUACACGAAGCUUAAUGGUGCGUCGUAAUGGGUUUGUCAACGCUCGUGAAGGAAUGCUCGUCUUAUUCGAGAGCAACCGCCGAUGGUAUCAGUCUUACAUCGAUCUCCAGCACGACAAGAAUCGCCGCAAAAAGUCCAAGCAAAAGACCAAUGCGAUCGCCACCAUGUCAGACAAAUCGAAUAAUGCCCAGGCUAAACAAGUUUCCAGGGACACGGCCGCCGAACUCACCACGGAUGAUAUCAUUGCCGGGACGUUUGUUCGCUUGCACGGGAUGAUGUUUACCAAAAUCGGUCUCGAUCAAUUUGCCCAGGUCAAGAGACGCUUCUUUGACGCUCUUCUUUCAAAUACAAUGACGUCUUGUGAACCAAAUCCAGCCAUCCAUGCACCUACUUGCACUGAUCGUACAACACACGCUCUGAGCGGAAGAAGCAUGUUUUGGUUAGAAACGGCUAUUCUGUGUCUUUCAUCCCUUUAUCGCUAUGAAUUUUCGACCGCGCAACUGUCCAGAGUCACGUCCUUUUAUCGCACCAGAUCGAGUUUAUCGGACGGUUCAGCCGCUGUUCUCUCCGAUUCCGCCACCGAGAAUAUCACUGUGAAUGCUUCUGUGGAAAAUAUGAAAAAUGAACUCAAAGAAAGCGUCGUAUUCAGUCACGGCAUCGAUUUGACAUGUCAGAUUGCUGUUGAACUGAUCCAACGAUACAUUGACUCUACCACACGACCGGCCAUGUCCGCUCCAACCAUGCCACAACUACCAAAAAUCUCCAUGACGCUCUGCGACAAUGAAAAAAUGCUGUUUGGACGCUCGGCUGUGAAUGAAACAAUGGGUGACAGUUCUCUAUGCGUGCGGGAUGACGACGAAAGCGGGAAAGAGGACGAUCAAGAAGAUUGGAUGGUUUACUUGCAAGUAUUACUCCAGUGGAUGGUGAUGAGCGGGGUAUGUGUACGAAGCCUGCCUCGAGAGAAAACCGAAAAAGCAGAGAUGGCGGCUACGCUUGACAGUGUAUGGGAAUAUGUGAUCAGUGAGCCAUGCAAGGAUACUGCAGCCGUUCGUCACCCUCGUGGACAUGAUACUGAGCUUGACAGUACCGGGUCAAUCAUAUCCCCGAGUUUCUGGUCCCUGCUGAUGGAAUUCCUCAACACCAUAUUGCAUGAACUCUCGGAUGACAUGAAAUAUGAAUUGAUCAACUAUCAUUUGCUGGACCAUGACGAGCCUUCCAUUUCACAGGAGCACGAUACCAGUGGUACGAAUGAAAACCAUCUCACUCCUGCAGACCGUUUCGCACAACAAAUCCAAAGAAUACUUGGAAACACACCUCUAUUGCCUGAGGAACAUUAUCUGCUCGGCCUUGGUUGGAUCGACGAUAUUACGGGCAGUUUCACCAAUACACCGACGUCCGAAUCUCAUCAAUCGCUAGCUUCUUAUCCUUUGGCAACACAGCGACGCCUGAAACUGCUUCAUUAUGGAUUUACAUUGGUUCAGCAAAUGAAGGAUGUCGUAUGCUUUGAUCCAGUGGAGGAAACGUUCUUCAUAGCGGAAUAUGCGGCAUCUAUGGGAUUUUUGGAUGAUGAUGGUCCGACGGAACACGAAUUGCUGCACAAAGUCGGUUCGUUGCAAGUGGAUGACGUGGACGAUAUGGACGAAGAGGAAUUCGACCAUCACAGCGAUGACGAUGCGGUUGUGGCUACGUUGGCCGAGAUGGAUGACGCUGUUCUGUUAUCCAAUGAAACCGAUUCUCUGGAUGAAGAAGACGAUGCCGAUACUGAUAUGUUGAGUCAAUUGAAGAAACGACGCGAUCAGUUGCAGCAGAUGAUGGUGUCAGUGACAGAUGAACAACGAUUUGGUUACCGCAAGUUACCUACUCGUGUCAAGGAGCGUGAGGCACGGUUGAAACGGUUGGAAGAGAAAUUGAUACCCGAAUACACGACUCUAGUGUUAGAUACCAAUUGCUUUAUUGGUCACCUGAACCACGUCAAAAAGCUGAUGGCAUCUCAUACAUGGAUUAUUGUGAUCCCGCUUGUUGUUAUCACUGAACUCGAUGGAUUAUGUGGCAACUCCCCUCCUCUUGGUACCACCGCCAUGGAUGCGCUAAAGUUGAUUGAAGAUACCCUUGCGGAUAAGCAACGUUACAAACGCGGUCUUCGAAUCCAGACUUCUCACAAUAACUUUUUGUCUGAUAUCUCCAUUCGCUCCGAGCAAUUUGUAUUUGGUGAAACUGACAAGAAUCUCGAUGACCUUGUCCUUUCGACGUGUCUCUGGUGGAAUCGAUCUGCUCCCGACAAUGGAUCCCCGUCGACAUGUGCUCGCGUGUGUCUCGUCACUGGUGAUCGUAACUUGAGUGUCAAGGCUCGCGCAAGGGACGUGGAAGUCGUUCCCAUGUCAGGCGUCAUGCAGCUAACCAGAAAAUACACAUCUUAAGGGGAAAUAAAAAAAAUGGUUGUUGAAUAUUUG